UGUACAUGAAACAAGCAGGGAACCUAGAGAAGGAUGACUUGGAGCAAGUAAAUCAAAUUUCUGCUUCACUCCAUAAGAUAACCUCAAAAGACAAAGUCACACAUUUGCCAAAUAAUUUUAUUCACUUUGAGUUUGCUACUCCAAGAAGACAAGUCAUUGUAGAGCUAAACUCAAAAGUUGAAAAUUCAGGACUUCGAUGUAGCUCUCUACUUGAACUUUUAAAUUCAUUGAGAGAAAGAAACUUACUUACUACUGAUGGUGAAGAUUUGAUAAGUACCUUUGGAGAUAUUCCUUAUGGACUAAUAAGAAUGAACAGUAAAAAGGAUUUGGAGACUAUAUUCAAUAGAAAAUGUUAUGAGGAAGUAAAGAAGUUUUCUUCAGUCUUAUAUCUAAAUUCUCCAGCAGCAUAUGACAUUGUAAAAGAAAUAUUUAUGCUUCCAAAUACUUCCGUUAUCAAAUCAAGGCUCCAAGUGGAAGAUUUCUGGCCAGGUUUUACCAAAGAGGCUCUAACGGUUUUAAGCUGUCAUGUUUGUAGAACUCCACAAGAAAAAUUGUGCUGUGUGAUGUUUGAUUUUGUAAAUGUGAAAAAGGAGUGUUCUUUGGAAGACAGUUUUGAAAAUUGGAUCGGACAUGUUGACUUAGGUAGGGGACAUAACCCUAGCCAUGGAGAUGGUAUCCCAUUAGCAAAUGAAAUCUUAAUAUUUACUGCAGUUGGUCUUGGAAGUGACUGGAAACUGCCAUUUGGAUAUUUUUUGAGCAAAGGAUUGUCUUCUGAGUUUCUGAAAAAUCUUGUACUUGAAGCUAUUUGUACUUUGGAGGAAUAUGGUCUGAAUGUGAGGGCACUAGUGUGUGGUGGCUCCAGAAAUUCUGUUAAAUUGGCAAAGCUUCUUGGUUGCAGUGUUCGUCCAGAUAUAUCUAAUCAGAUAAUUACCACUUUCCCUCACCCUCAUAAUCAAGAAAAAAAAAUUCAUUUUAUCUUUUCUGUUGGUCAUACUCUUCCUCUUUUAAGAAAUCUUCUCGCUGAUAAAGGAACCCUUCAGAGUUCUGUGUAUGGGGAAAUUAAGUGGAAGCUGAUAAAACAGCUGACUUGUCCUUCAAACAUAGUGGAGCUAGAUUCAUCCACUGGGAGCCAAAAUCACAUAAAAUUUUAUAAUCUUGUAAAAAUAAUAAAGAAGUGUGGCUCAGUAUUUAACUCUACAGUUGUAGCAGCUUUACUGCUUGCUGAUACUUUGAAGUUUAAGAAUUUUGCUAAUCACCGAAAUACUUCAAAUUUUAUUGCAGAUGUUAAACGAACAUUUGACUUGCUAAAUGCAAGAAAUCCUAUUUCUUCAGAAGACAGACCUCCUAUUCAUUGGACUACCUUGCAGGAACAAGUGGAGUCUCUGUUGAAUCUAACUGACAGAUUACUUGAUCUUGAAUUGACAUCAGGAAGGCGGGUUGUUGAAGAUUGUCGAUGGAUGUCAGUUGCUUUACUUGCUUUUUACUCUGAAAGUGUUUCCCAGUUAGCUUCGGAAUUGUUGAAAGAAAAGAUAAUUUUGUAUUUUAAUACUUAUCGCAUCAGUUUGGAUCAUUCUGAAAUGGUAAUAAACCAUCUUCAGAGACAUGAUUGUUGGAGUGAUAUACCUACCCCGUCCAUUUUUAGAAAAGCUAUAAAAACCUUUUUACUAAGACACAAGGGAGAUUCUUUUUAUCAUUAUGACUUUGAUGGUGAGGAUUUUACUGUUGGACAAGGAGAUAUAUAUUUAUUCAGAAAUUAUUUUCGCUUAGAUCAUGUUCUUAUUGGUAACUGUGUCAUGCAUUCCUGUAGCCUAAUUGAUUUAAGAGCUGAAGAAGAGUACAGAGCAAAUUGCAUUCUGGAAGUGGUAGCCAAACGAUUAUCAUGUCCAGAUUGUAUUGGUAUAAUUGUUAGUGACAAUAUACAUGUAAAUGCAGAUGGACGUGUGUGUAAUAUUGAUGUUUUCAGACCCUCUGAAUUUCUUUCCAGUCUUUUGAAGUAA